AUGGCUACUUGCUCUCUACCUAUUCCGGAACUCACCUUUCUCUCACCGCAAACCACUCCCAAACGCCGCCUUUCUGUUUCAAGAGUUUCUCUUUCUAAAAUCUCUCUCUCCGGAUACCCGAGGUGUGGUAUUCAGUCCCGAAUCAGAGCGAUUAAAGAGGACGGGCUUGUAGUUGAAGAGAGGGAAGCCGAAUUGAUCAAGAAAGUGAAUGGCGUGGAGUUGAGUGGAAAUGGAGCUGGUGUUAGUACUAGUGGUAGCAGUUACGGGAGCAAUGGCUCAGUGAAGAAGUACUCGAAUGGCAGUGUGAAUGGGGUGAGUAAUGGGAGCUUGGUGAAGUUCGUGAAUGGCAAUGGCGUGGCAGCGGAAGUGGUGGAAGAAGUUGAAGUUUUGGAGUCGAAGGAGGAAGGAAGGAAGAAGAAUAUUGAAGAAAUUGGAAAGGAAGAUGCGUGGUUUAAGCGAACAGGGCAACCAAAAGUCGAGGUUUCUGUUGCACCUGGUGGCCGUUGGAGUAGAUUCAAAACUUACUCGACAAUUCAGAGGACCUUGGAAAUAUGGGGAUUUGUUCUAACAUUCCUCAUAAAGGCUUGGUUGAACAACAGAAAAUUCACUUAUAAAGGGGGAAUGACAGAGGAAAAGAAAACCUUGAGGCGUAAGGCCCUUGCCAAGUGGUUGAAGGAGAACAUUUUGAGAUUAGGUCCAACAUUCAUCAAAAUUGGCCAGCAGUUCUCCACAAGAGUGGACAUUCUUGCUCAAGAAUAUGUUGAUCAAUUGUCAGAACUUCAGGAUCAAGUUCCUCCUUUCCCAUCAGAUACAGCUAUUUCUAUUGUUGAAGAAGAGCUUGGUGCUCCUUUGAAAGAUAUAUUUGAUCGGUUUGACUAUGAACCAAUAGCUGCUGCUAGUCUUGGUCAGGUCCACCGUGCAAGAUUGAAGGGACAGGAAGUUGUUGUUAAAGUACAGAGGCCUGGACUGAAGGAUCUUUUCAAUAUUGAUCUUAAGAACCUGAGGGUAAUUGCAGAAUAUCUUCAAAAAAUUGACCCAAAGUCUGAUGGUGCAAAGAGGGAUUGGGUUGCUAUCUAUGAUGAGUGCGCAAAUGUCUUAUAUGAGGAGAUUGAUUACACCAAGGAAGCUGCUAACUCUGAACUAUUUGCAAGUAACUUCAGAAACAUGGAUUAUGUUAAAGUCCCAACAAUAGUAUGGGAAUACACUACACCACAGGUUCUGACAAUGGAGUACGUCCCAGGGAUCAAAAUUAACAAGAUAAAAGCUAUAGAUCAAUUGGGCAUUGAUCGGCAAAGGUUGGGUCGAUAUGCUGUUGAAUCAUACUUAGAGCAAAUUCUGUCUCAUGGAUUUUUUCAUGCCGAUCCUCAUCCUGGAAAUAUUGCCGUGGAUGAUGUCAAUGGUGGAAGAUUGAUUUUUUAUGAUUUUGGAAUGAUGGGAAGUAUCAGUCCAAACAUUAGAGAAGGUUUGCUAGAAACAUUUUAUGGAGUUUAUGAGAAGGAUCCAGAUAAGGUCCUUCAGGCAAUGAUUCAGAUGGGUGUUCUUGUGCCUACUGGAGAUAUGACAGCUGUGAGACGAACAGCACUAUUCUUUCUUAACAGUUUUGAAGAGCGUCUUGCUGCACAGAGAAAAGAGAAAGAAAUGGCAACAGCGGAACUUGGGUUUAAAAAGCCAUUGAGCAAGGAGGAAAGGAUAGAGAAAAAGAAGGAAAGGCUUGCUGCAAUUGGGGAAGAUUUAUUAGCCAUUGCAGCAGACCAACCCUUCAGAUUUCCUGCAACAUUCACAUUUGUUGUUAGAGCAUUUUCAGUAUUGGAUGGGAUUGGGAAGGGUCUUGAUCCUCGAUUUGAUAUUACUGAGAUUGCCAAGCCCUACGCACUGGAAUUGCUAAAAUUUCGUGAAGCUGGAGUUGAAGUCAUUCUAAAGGACCUCCGAAAUAGAUGGGACAGGCAGUCUCGUGCAUUCUAUAACUUAUUUAGACAGGCUGACAGAGUUGAAAAGCUUGCCGAAAUUAUUCAAAGAUUGGAGCAAGGCGAUCUGAAACUUAGAGUUCGGACUUUGGAAUCUGAGAGGGCAUUCCAGCGGGUCGCAACAGUUCAGAAGACUGUAGGAAAUGCAGUUGCUGCUGGAAGCCUAAUAAAUCUUGCAACAAUCUUGUAUAUUAAUUCCAUUCGAUUUCCUGCCAUUGUAGCAUAUGUCUUCUGUGCAUUUUUCGGCCUUCAGGUUCUCAUAGGCAUCAUAAAGGUAAAGAAGUUUGAUGAGCGGGAGAGGUUGAUAACAGGAACUGCUUAA